GCAUGCGCACUUGGUAUGUUGUCUUGUUCUCCCCGCUUGGCCCAAAGCCUCGGGCUAAAUUAGCAACGGAGCCGCUGUGUGCUGCGUCGUGAUGGAGGCCAUGGAGACGGAAAUAGAUUCGGAGCUGAUGUGGAAGUUUAGCUGCAUGGGGACGACCGAUAAAGACACCCUGAUAACCGAGUUCCAGAGACUGCUGGGGUCCAAGCUGAGUCCCGCUGAAUGCGCUUUUUUCCUGGACAUGACUAACUGGAACCUCCAGGCUGCGAUCGGAGCAUUUUAUGACUUUGAGAGCCCCAGCCAUUCGGCUCUGUCAAUGUCAUUUGUGAAAGACGUGACUAUUGGAGAAGGAGAGUCAAUUCCACCAGAUACUCCUUUUAUCAAGACGUGGAGGAUACAGAACACGGGUUCAGAGUCGUGGCCUCCAGGUGUGAGUCUGAGGUACACUGGUGGAGAUCAGUUUGGUCAUGUGAACUUUGUGAUGGUUCGUUCUCUGGAGCCUCAGGAGACUGAUGAUGUGAGUGUACAGAUGCACAGUCCUCGUGAUCCCGGGAUGUACCAGGGCCAGUGGAGGAUGUGCACCGCUACCGGACUCUUCUAUGGAGAUGUGAUCUGGGUGAUCCUGAGCGUGGAGGUCGGCGGUCUCCUGGGCGUGACCCAGCAGCUGUCUUCCUUCCAAACGGAGUUUAACACGCAGCCUCGCCGAAGCAUGCAGGGCGAAUACAACCCCUUCGCCUCGCCACACAACGCCACGCAGAGCGACAGCCUCCCGAAAGACUCGGCACAGACUCAACACGCUGCGCUGUCAAACGGCUCGGUAACCAUAGCAACAAGCGACCCGCAAAACGGUGUGUCGGCCACACAUGAUCAGCCGUACGGACCACACCCGUUUGGACAGUAGUAAAAACUGAUAUAUUUGUUCCUAAGGAACAAACACGUGGCCUUGACUUAUGUGGACUAACCAGAGGGUGGAGUUAAAUAUACCAGACUCCGCCCCUUCUGGGAUCAUCAGGAGUGUGUGAAUGUUAAUUUAAGAAGAAUGCUUGCUGAAUAUUUUAAUGAAGGACAUUUUAUGGAUUUUUUUUUUUCUGAUGAAUAAUGAAGGAUUUAAGAAACUUGAUGCGUGAUGAUCAGAUCAGAGACACAGCGAGGACUUGAGCGUGUGAUGGACCCGAGAGGCCAUUAGACAAACGCUUAUAGUGCACUGAAGAUCAUUUCAGCCAUCCGUCACUACAAAAGAUUUACAUUUUUGUGUAUAAAGAUAAGAGAAACAGGUCACUGAGGAACACAGCGUGAUUUAAAUGACGUUACAGAGGGGUGUAUUCAUUAAAAAAUAGCAGAAAAUCUGAAACUCUGACGGCUUAAACCGAGCUGGGGUGGCUUUCCCAAAAGCCUCUUAAUGCUAAGAAAGUCUUAACUAGGAGAGAGAGAGAGUGAGUGUUCAUUGUGCUGCUCGCUCUACCAUUUAACGAUGAUCUUUGUGCUGUGAUGCUUUUGGGAAACUCACCCCUGCUUGAUUAUCCGUCUUCCUUUUUUUUUUCUUUGUUUACAUGAACAGCAUUUGAUUUCUUGAAUACUUGUUAAACCUACUUCUAGUUUUAUUUGUGAUCUGCUGUUUGCUGAACGCUUGUGUUGAAUGUUUUACUGAAGCAGGAGAAUUUCAGGUCACAGGAAAUGAAAAGUUUUAUGAAGUGUUUUAAAUAUUUAACUCUUUCUGUGACACUGGGAUAAAUCAAAGCAUUACAUAAAGGAUUAAGCUUGUAAAAUUUUAUUGAAUUUUUAGAACACUUACCCUUCAGCGCUGUGGAAAAUCUUUGGCAUGUAAAGAAAUCAUGUGCCUUUAAAAGAAUUCACCGAAUCGUUUCUACAAAUGCAAAUUAACUAUAAAUAUCUCUAAUAAACCUACUGAUGAAAAAGUAAUGAAUAAAUCAGCGUGACGCUUUACUUUUAAAGCCGUAUCGGUUCUCUCAGGUUCUCCGUCCUACAGUUUUAUACACAUCAGCUGUGCAGUUUUCUUGCGUUUUGAAGAAAGUUGCUUUAUUUUAUUCUGAAUUACUGAAUUUCUUUUACCACAAACAAACAUUUUUCAGUGUAAUAUUUAAUUUUUGAAGCGUCUGGAACUCUGGGAUUUUCUGUUUAAUACGCACACAGCAAUGCCAAAGAGAUAAACAUCUAAAAGGGAAUUUAUAUAUUUUAAAUAAUAAUUAGGGUGAAAAUAGUUUUGCAUAAUACUUUUAUAUAUAAAUAGAGACACACAAGUUGUUUUUUUUUUCCCCUGGGUAAAACAAACCGGAAUAAAAGCUGUGGUAAUUAAGUUUAGACAAAGCUGAAAUGUCCGUUAUGUCUUGUUUUCUUUAUGAGGAACUUCCUGGUGUGGUUUGUGGUUUUGGAUAUUUGAGCUUUUGGUCUGAUGGAAAGUUGAGAUAUUUGCACAAAGGACAGAUGAUCUCAUCACCAUCACUGUGACAUUUCAGAAAUAAAAAGUAAAUAAAUGAAA